UCCUUUAACAGAGGCGGCCAAAACUAUGUACGUCGAGGAUCAAAGCUUGCAGGUCAACCAAUUUCAAUACAUGCCGAAUAGCGUAUAUAUUUUCAACCGGAAUCAAUUUUUACUUUUCUUUUUUGGAUGUAUGGAUCUGUCCUUUUUUUUUUCUUCUCCCUCCCUAACACAAGUCAUUUUGCAAUAUAACACCGAAUGUAUAGCCCUGAUUCCUUUCAGUAACAUGUUAUCAAUAUUUUUUUCUGUUAUUGCCAUUGCUUCCUUCGUUAAGCCGCAUACAACCAGACAGUCUGUUCAACACCUUGUAUCGUCCAUGGAAGCAUCGAUUCAUUCCAUCUACACGAAACCGUCUUUAUCCCGCGGGACACUCUGCGUUAUCCAGAUUAUACUUCAUCUCGCCUCGCUAGUACUUUUCCUUACCUUUGCUGUAGUAGCAACGAUUUUUGACGAUGUACAAGACAUAAAUUGUUUGCCGAUUCUAUCUAAGCGACCAUCGACUGCCGAUACGCAUACGUCCAACCUGACCUUGGGCAAUGUUGAUACCCCCUCGCCUACCUCCAUUGAGCCGAUUGGCCAGAUCUUUGCCGAAACAUCCUAUAAUACCUUUAAUGAAAUUGCUGACCAUUCCAAACAAUUUAAAAGAAGGGAGACUGGAUUAGAUGAAAGGAACGAUUCAGCACGAUCUGACCCUCAAUUCACUGUCCCUGACAUUCAAAGCCAAGAAAUUCCACCACCUGCAAAAUCAUACCAGGAGAAGGAGAACGAGCGACCUGCAUCGGUAGCCACUACUCCCCUCCUGACAAAACUUCCGAGCUCUCAUGCUGUCAGGAACACUAGUAGCCAUGCAUUCUCUCAAACACCCACUCUGGAUAGCUCGCCUAUAUUAACGAAAUCCAUGCCGUUUCACGAAUAUCACAGAGAGCAUCCACCUGCCAUUGCACUUGUGCGGGACGCAUCAUUCACGCGAGGAUUGCAUAAGCGAAGUGUAUCCACAAAUAGUUUGGCCCUAUCCAUCAGCUCACAGAAAAGUUUAUCACGCGUGGGUAGCAGAGUGAAAAGAGCGUUCUCCAAAUUGAAUCGUCGCGACGGCACAGUGUUCCCAAACCACGAAAUCGAUGAUAAUGACGUCGUAUCAUCGCCUGAUCCCAAGAAACGAUCAGCGCAAAAGGGGUUAACGAGACUCCUGAAAAGAAACUAGAUCAUUAAGACAAUAGGUUAUAUGAACUUGGAUUAUUUGUUUUUUUUUAAGCAAGUCGAUGUGUGCGCAAUGAUU